CCUAUAAUUUACGAUAUGUCUUUGGUUGUUUAUGGCUUUUUCUCCCGACUUUUUCGAUUUUCAGUUUCAGUUUUUGCUUUAAAACCCAGCUUCUCACAUUCUCACCGGCUCUCUUCACUACCAAUCCGUGCCCUUCUCUUCUCUCUCCUAAUACCUUGUUUUCUCUCUCUAAAGUAGAAUCAAUGACUUCCAAUUUAACCCCGCUUACUAAUUCAGUUAACAAUUUUACCGGAGAUUUACGGUUUCCACAUUGUUUUUCCAGAAAUAUGGCUAAUUAUGGAAAUCGCACCAGAGUGUCAAUGUCUUCUGAAGGUAGGAAUUGGGGGAGUGAAGAAAUUGAUUUAAACGAUCCACAAUGGAGCAUUAAAUAUCAACAGGAUUUCGAACGAAGGUUUAAUUUGCCCCAUCUUAAAGAUGUUUUUAAAGAUCUCAAACCAAUUCCUUCUACUUUUUGCCUAAGAAUGCGCUCUCCGGUGAGCAGAGAUUUUUCAGGUGGCUAUCCGUCGGACGAAAAAUGGGAUGGAUACAUUAAUAAUAGUGACAGAGUUUUAUUAAAGGUUAUAAACUAUUCCUCUCCGACUUCUGCUGGUGCAGAAUGUAUUGAUCCAGAUUGUACCUGGGUGGAACAAUGGGUUCAUCGUGCUGGGCCACGAGAAGAAAUAUAUUUUAGACCAGAAGAAGUUAAUGCCGCAAUUGUUACAUGUGGUGGUCUCUGUCCUGGCCUUAACGAUGUCAUUAGACAGAUUGUAAUCACACUAGACAUAUAUGGGGUAAAGAACAUUGUUGGUAUUCCUUUUGGGUAUCGUGGAUUCACAGACAAAGGUUUAAAUUUGAUGCCUCUUUCGCGGAAGGUUGUGCAAAACAUUCACCUAUCUGGAGGUAGUUUAUUAGGAGUUUCACGUGGUGGACCAAGUGUAAGAGAAAUCGUGGAUAACAUGGAGGAAAGAGGAAUCAAUAUGCUUUUUGUUUUAGGUGGAAAUGGAACACAUGCUGGUGCGGUAGCAAUUCAUGACGAGUGUCGAAAGAGAAGAUUGAAAGUGGCUGUUGUUGGCGUACCAAAAACUAUAGAUAAUGAUAUUUUACUUAUGGAUAAAACCUUUGGUUUUGACACGGCAGUUGAGGAAGCACAAAGAGCUAUUAACUCGGCCUACAUUGAGGCACAUAGUGCGUACCGUGGUGUUGGUCUUGUAAAAUUGAUGGGUCGAAGCAGUGGUUUUAUAGCAAUGCAUGCUUCUCUGGCUAGUGGUCAAGUUGAUAUAUGUUUGAUACCAGAGGUACCAUUCCAUAUACACGGUCCACAUGGUAUUUUAAGGCAUCUCGAGUACCUACUUGAGACGAAGGGAUCAGCUGUUAUCUGUGUAGCCGAAGGGGCUGCACUGAACCUUCUGGAGAAUACUAACGCCACUGAUGCAUCUGGUAAUGCUAUUCUUGGAGAUAUUGGCGUGCAUCUUCAACAAGAGAUAAAGAAAUAUUUUAAGGAGCGUGGAACUUCAGCUGAUGUCAAAUACAUUGAUCCGACAUACAUGAUUCGUGCAGUACGUGCAAAUGCCUCAGACGGUAUUCUGUGCACUGUUUUGGGGCAAAAUGCUGUUCAUGGUGCAUUCGCUGGAUUCAGUGGUAUCACUGUCGGCCUGUGCAACACUCAUUAUGCCUACUUUCCUAUACCCGAAGUUAUAAAAUACCCAAGAGCUGUAGAUCCUAAGAGUCGUAUGUGGCAUCGGUGCUUGACUUCAACUGGCCAACCCGAUUUCAUAUGAUAGUUGAUCUUGUAUAUACGUACAGAACUUUCACGUAUCAAAGGGAAUUUAAUUUGUUAGAAACAGCGGAAGUUGUUUCAUAUUCAGCAGCAGCUACCAUUGGCUGUUUUGGAUAUUAAUUUAGUAGAAUAAGAAUUGACAGUAAUCUCAGUAAUUCUUUUAUGUAUUGUUUGCCACGCCAAAAAUUUUGAAGGCGAUUGAGUAAUUGUUUCAUUGAACCAAUUUGACCAAUUUGGGCUCUUCCAAAAUUGUAUCUAUACAAUAAAAUUUAAUUAUCUUGAUGCAUAUAUUUUAUUCUUUA